ACAUCACCGCCCACGAGCUGAUGAUGACAGCAGGUCAGGCGGCCUCCUCUGUUGUGAUCCUCAGCUCAGACAGACAGACACACAGGCGGGGCGGAGACAUGGAGGAAGACUGGAAGUAACUACUUCAAGCUGCUCUACUACUGCGGUAACAGCCCGCUGUAUGAGAUAAGAUACCGGGGAAGCUGGCAGCUCUGUACGGUACUCGGUUCCUCCCGGUGGACAUGGAGGUACCGGCGGAGGGAGAGGCGGAGGAGCGACGGAAGGAGCACUGGAAGCUGCUGUCCAGUCUGAAGACCACAGUGGAGGGUCUUCUGUCCACCAACAACCCCAACGUGUGGUCACGUUACGGCGGCCUGGAACGGCUCCACAAGGACAUGAACAACAUCCUGAGCCAUGGAUUGAAGAAUGAGCAGGUGUACUACAAGCAGAGAGACUAUUGGCCAUUUGUGUGGUGUGUUCGCUACAUCAGCCCCCACCUCGCCUCACACGUUGAACAGUUCAGUCACCUGGAGCCGGUGCUGACCAGCGGGAUUCAGAAUGCUGGUGAGAGCUACAAGGCCGAGCGCUGGCUCCUUCACAGCUUACAGGUUCACAUGCUGUCGCCUCAGCUCCGACCUCUGCUCCGGCAUCUGGGGCAUACACGUAAAUACUAUAACGAUGCUGCCUUUCUGCUGAGCGAGCCCCACGUGACCGCCAUGUUCCAGUGUCUGGAAGCUGUGGAGCAGAAUAACCCCAAACUGCUGGCCCAAGUAGACACUGUCGGGCUGUCCCCUCUGAAGAGCCCACCAUGUCUGGGCCUGUUGAAGAGCCAGAGCCUGUGUGUGCUGCCAGGAGCUGGUGGGGUUUGGAGGAACGCUGACUUGGCUCCCGGAAGAGAAUCUCUAAAUCGCAGACUCACCACCUCCAACUGCUCCCUCCGAGAAGCAGUCACCACCAGCCACAACUCUGGGAACACUACGGGAGCUGGAUCCCAAAGCAGCAACAGCACAAACACUACCUCUUCAGCCAGCAGCCCGGGAGCUCCCUGGGUGUGUGCGUCCAGGCCAGAGGAGAGCGAGCGGGGUGUGACACCUCCUCCUGGUCUGGUCCCUGUCCCGUGCAUCUCCCUCACAGAGUCCCCCUCGCCCAACUCCCUUCAGCCUGAGGCCGGGGACUCUGGUGACGGCGAUUACGAUGAUGGUCCGGAGUACCUGGCUAUUGGUAACCUGGGGCAACGCAGCCGCUGUGACUCCCGAAACUCCACCCACAGCAGUGAGCCGGGUGCCACCCCGGACCAGUCCCUGCAACGGAGUUCCCUAGCUCUAGCCCCAACCCCACCCAGACGCUCCUCUUUCUCAGAGGGCCAGAGGGGGCCGGGCCGGGGGACCCGAGGACACACCCGCUCGUUUUCUGACACAGGGGUCAAUCAGAAACUCAGGAAUGGAGGGGGCCACCGAAAAAUCACCAUAAUAAUAGAAGAUCCGGUAGCAGAAUCGACAGAGGACGACUGCUGCAUAAAGAACUACAGCCCUUUCUCACCUCAGCGCAAGGAUGUCAGCUCUCCUAGCUCCCUCUACAUGGAGUCUCAUGGGUCCCAGUACAACAGCAUUCCAGAUGGGAUGUUCAGGAAGCCGUCAGAGGGUCAGAGCCUCAUCAGCUACCUGUCAGAGCAGGACUUUGGCAGCUGUGCUGACCUCGAGAAGGAGAACGCUCAUUUCAGCAUCUCAGAGUCCCUUAUUGCUGCCAUUGAGCUGAUGAAGUACAACCUGCGGCGUCGGGAGGAGGAGGGCGAGGAGGAGGGAGACAGCGACGUUGAGAUUCAGCAGCUCAAACAGAAGAUCCGCCUGCGAAGGCAGGUGAUCCGACGCAGCCGUGUGCCGCCCUGCGCAAACUCCCAGCAACUUUUCCACUCCACUGACAGCGGAGGCUCCAGGAGGAGCUCUCAGGACUCCUGCCAGGGCCUGUCUGACUCCGGCUCAGCAGAGGAGGUGGAGGAGUGCGAACUAAGAGAUGGCUGUGAGGGUCAGUCCCUGCUGGCGGUGUCUCAGAACGGCCUCUCCCUGUCACUCGCCUCCCUCUUCUCAGAUGCAGACAUUAAGCGAAGCGUCAGCUCCAGCGGCAGGUCUUUUCUCAGCUCAGAGUCCAUCUCUCCAUCCUUCCUCCAGUCGAACUCGGCUGAGUCAGUAGCCAUGGGUUUACUCAGGCAAUUUGAGGGCAUGCAGCUUCCUGCAGCCUCAGAGCUUGACUGGCUGGUCCCAGAACAAGACGCUCCACAGAAGCUGCUGCCCAUCCCCGACUCUCUGCCGAUCUCACCUGAUGAUGGCGAACACGCAGACAUCUACAAGCUGAGGAUUCGGGUCCGAGGCAACCUGGAGUGGGCGCCGCCCCGACCGCAGAUCAUCUUCAACAUUCAUUCCGCCCCCAAGAGGAAGAUAGUUGUGACUAAACAGAACCAUCGUUGCGCUGGCUGUGGCACCCGCAUCGACCCAGAUUAUAUCAAGCGACUGCGUUACUGUGAAUACCUCGGCCGUUACUUCUGCCAGUGCUGCCAUGAGAACGCCCAGGCGGUGGUUCCCGGCCGAGUGCUGAUGAAGUGGGACUUCAGCAAGUACUAUGUCAGCAACUUUGCCCGGGACCUGCUGAGCAAGAUCGCCGGAGACCCGCUUUUCAACCCCAAUGACAUCAACAGUGGCCUGUACAAGAAGAUCAAAGCUCUGGAGGCCGUCAGGGUUUUGAGGGUGCAGCUGUUUCACAUGAAAAAUCUCUUCAAGACCUGUCGCUUUGCUAAAGAGGUGCUGGACCAGUUCGACAGCCUGUCAGGUCACCUGACGGAGGACCUUCACCUCUUCUCCCUCAAUGACCUCACUGCUGUGCGCAACGGAGAACUGGCUACCCGAAUGAAAGAGCUGCUUAAACUUGGUACCCUGCACGUAGCUGGCUGUGUGCUGUGCCAGGCGAAGGGCUUUGUGUGCGAGAUCUGCGGCAACGAAAAAGACAUCAUCUUCCCUUUCCAGCUGAACAAGUGCCAGCGCUGCGAAGAGUGCCAUGCGUGUUACCAUCGCAGCUGCUUCCGGACAGUCAAAGACUGCCCUCGAUGUCAGCGGCUGGCAGAGCGGAGAGAGAGGAUGGCGCGCAAAAACAUGGAGGAACAAGAAGAUGAGGGAGGUGGGCCCUAGUGCUGGUAACAGAGGAAACUCUGAGACAAAAGAAGAGCACAACGCGACCAUGAUUGUAGUGACUGACAACCUCUAUUUCCGUUCCAGUCCUCUCAGACCUGGGUGACAAUACUGCAAAUGCUUUGAUCUCAAGAGAUUGCCAGAUGUACAGGUUUUACUGCAUCAGUGCAUCAGUUUUGUUAAUAUGACUGUUGAUUUGCAGAUGCAUUUAGUGUAAGCUAAGCCCCUCUCACACAUGCACUUUACUUUAGGAAUAGUGGUAGUUUUUAGUCUAAGCGUAAUUUACGAAUGGGAGACUUGAGUCGAUUUUUUCCAUGACAAUUUUGUAACUUCUACAGAGAAAUUGAUCAGGCGUCGCAAUUUUCUAAUCGGGAUUUCUUGGAAAAAAACACAUGACUUUAAAAAUAAUCCCAACAUCCUAAAUAAUUAACUCCCACAAUAAUUAUUUUAAUCACAUUUCCUUGCACAUAAUAAUUAAUAAUACAGUGGAAACAGCUUAUAGUGAUCAAAGUUACAGUGAGCCGUCGCUUUAUACGGAUCAAAAAGCUUGGGACAGAAUCAUUUCUAUACAAAUGCUGUUUAAAUCAGUCGCUUAUAGUAAUCAAGUAGUCCGUUUUUGGGUAUUUUCAUAGAUGACAACAUGUGGAAAAACAUUUUAAAACUACGGAAGACUUACGUUAAUUGAAUUUUUGUUUUGUUUUUUUAACUCUACUUCGUUGAUACUUUGCUUCGCGGACCGGCUGCUUUUCCAGCUAGAAAAGGCAGAAGAAGCCAGUAAAUAGCAAAGCGCUCCGUUUCAUGACUUUGUAUUCAUGUAAUAAAUAUACAAAUAUCAAUUAGAUGGUAAUCUGCAUGAGAAAUGAUGCACAAUAACAAAAAAACGAUUAUAAUAAUCAUCCGCUUAUAGCGAUCACUAUAAGUGGUUUCCACUGUAUAGGAUUUGAAAAGUUCUGAUGUUGGUGACCCCUGGUGGCGGUAUCAAAAAAGACAUUGUGGCAGUUGUGUGAAAAAGUUGUAUGACAAAUGUGUAAAUGACAAAAUCCUCUGCCUUACAGGAAUAUAAUACGUUGGCCAUGUUGCAGUUCCGUGUGUGAAAAGGGCCUGAGAUUCACUAAACGUUUUGGCACUUUCUUCCUCUGUGGUAAAACUAAUAUAUUUGGGAUUUAAGUAGAUCAGAAAAACAAGUAUUUGCUCAGAUUACAGCACCCAGGAUUGAUAUUUACUCCUUCCUUCAAAUGCAGCUUCUGGCAACUGCUUAAACUCUGGUAAUUUUAUUGGCUACUGGCUUAGCUGAAGUUUGUUUUUGUGACCUAAAAAUGGCAGGAUCUAUUUAAAAAAAAAAUAAUCAAAUAGCAAGUAAAAAGUUUAGAUCUCUUAAGUUUUGACUGAUUUUCCAGUGCAGAUACUGUAUUUGAGCAAUCCUGCCCUUUAUGUUGAGGUUUUUAUUUUGAUUUGAAAACAUUGAAGAUAUUUAACAAAUCCUUUUCUUUCCCCUGCUCCUUACUGUCCUGUUUUAAGCUCUUUUAGCUGCGCUUAUGUGCCUCUGGGACCAAUGAACUUAGACUGGUAGAGCUAGUAGAGUUACAUUGGAGAGUUGACUUUAUAGAAGGACUGGACUUCAGAGUUUCAGAGUCAGAUAUUUUUAAUGAAACUGCAAAUGCUCCAUUUUAGUGCUGCUUUGUGUGCGUGUGUGUGCGUGCGGUUAAUAGAAAAAGCUGUGUGAAUAAGAGUGCUUGUGUGUGUGUGUGUAUGUAUGUGCACACAUGUCUACCUGCUGUACAUGCACAAAUGGUUUGCACCAGCCUAAUCAGCACUUGUUUUCUAACGUCGUAGGUUUUGAAAUAAUAGAGAGAGUCGAGUUAAUUGCACUGAUCCUGUCUGUUGUUGGGACGUCACUUUUUGGGGAUUUUUUUUGAUGUUCGUUGUAAGAACAUGUCACUGUUUCUUUCAUCGAGCUCCUGUCACCUGGGUUGCAUUACGUUGUGAAGGGUUUCAGUCCACAAUAAGAGAGCCACGGUAGUCAUACUCUUACAUGCAACAAAAUCAUUAUUAAAAAUGCAUUAAUCACCUCUUGGACUGAAAUUGUUCACAUUUAAGUGUGUUUUCUCCUCCAACAGAUGUUUAGUCUAGUACAGUGGUUCCCAAUCUUAUUGGCCCUUAAAAGAAUAUUUUAAGUUUUUGGAAAAUCUGUAUGCUAAAUAUGUAGCAGGGGCCAGCAGCUGGUUGGCUUCCCUUAGCUUAGCAUAAAGACUGGAAACACAGGGAAACAGAUAGCCUGGCUCUGUGAAAAAAAUCUGAUUGUUUUAUUUGAAGGAUUUGUAGAGUCCCCAAAAAGUAAAAAAUAUCCAGUAUUUCACAGGAAUGAAGUAGAAAUUUAAGAAAAGUUAGAAAAAAAUUGAAAAUUGUACAUAACAAAUGCUUUUCUUUCUUUCUUACUUGCACUUUUAAUAAUCUGGUGACCCCUCAGAUGUAUCUUGGGACUCUUAAGUUUGGAACCACUGGCCUAGUAUACAUUUUAGAGACGGCUUGCCUGGACUUUUUUUUUUUUUGAAAUUGGUUUAACUGCUUCUAGGGCUUAAUCAUUGUCCAGUUAGUGGCUCUGCAGUGAGUUAGAUCAACCACUAGAGUAUGUCGGGGAAGAUGUUAUAUAUGAAUUUCAUGCCAUAGUUAAUGCUAGGAAGACAGUUGUGGGAAAACAGAUAUGCAACCCACUGAUUUAAUCAAACCCUUUACCCUGGAGGGAUUUCAGCCCCUAGUACAAUUUUAUGUGUACAGACUUCUGAAUGGAUUAACCUCCAGAGUACAUACCGUCCUCAACAGACUUUGCUUUAUGUGUACGAUCCUCACGAGGUGAACACACUCCCAUGAGACAUUACUUAAAAGCAAUAAAUGUGAUAUUCUCGUCCCAAAGGCCCCGCAGACAAGUAUUAAGAGAUAAACUGCACCCGUGUUUCCAGUUUUAACCCGGCUGCUUUUAAAGGAAACGCUGAACUCUUCAGCUCACGGCUCCUGAACGAAGUGACCGCUCGACUCCUCAACUCAGCAGAUGGUUUGUCCUUGGACUGCCUUUAACAUGGAGGCGUGUGGAGGUUUAAAGUGCACUACAGAUUAAAGUGUCUAUUAUUAAAACUGUUAAUUAUUGUUAUUGUAAUUAUUAUUUGUGUUCAUUUGUUUUUGUUCUGGAAGUAUGUUGACAAUAAAAGACUGGCCAGACUGUU